ACAGGGGUUUACAGAUGACCAACUAGCACUGGUGGAGCAAAACACUCUCAUGGUGGAAGAGCGAGAGCGAGAAAUCCGACAGAUUGUACAGUCCAUCUCUGACCUCAACGAGAUAUUUAGGGACCUGGGAGCAAUGAUAGUAGAACAGGGAACAGUUCUAGACAGAAUUGACUACAAUAUCGAACAGUCAUGUAUGAAGACUGAAGAGGGUCUAAAACAACUACAUAAGGCAGAGCAAUAUCAAAAGAAGAAUCGGAAGAUGCUCGUUAUUUUAAUUUUGUUUGUUAUAGUAAUUGUCCUUAUCGUUGUUCUUAUCGGUGUCAAGUCACACUAGGUUUUGCUUCAUUUUCUCGUUUUUUUUGGAGUUUCUGUGAACUUUUUUUCCCCAAUGUGAAUGGAUGGACCUGCACUCCAGAAAGCUGCCUCUGAAUGCACGAGCCCUCGUGGUGCCACGUCUGUGCGAUGUGUCUGUAGCAUCCUUCAGAGUACAAGUUUGGUGAGCUGUGAGGUGUUUGUAAAGGUUUAUGUGGAAAAUGUCAGGAAAUUUGAUGCUCCCACAAAAAUAACUCGGAGGUAUUUGGAAACACAGUACUUAAAAUGAAUUAAAACCUGAAGUUUACCAGUGAGUACAAUAAUUAGUGUGUUACUGUGAACAAAACUGUGUUGUCUUCUGUAUUCUUAUGUCAGUUGUUACAGGCUUCAAAUUUAAACCAUGUUACGGAGUCAGUGGGACUAGGUAUCAAAACUUGAUCUAGGUGGAAAAUAUGCUGAGGCACAAAAUUGACUUAAUCCCCUUUCUUCCAGACUCAAAAACUCCAAAGAACUGGAUAGAGAGCUAAAACAGAAAGCUUUCAGCAACCAGAACGUAAUCCAACCCCUGUGAUCUUAAUUUAGAUACUGCACCAUUACUAAGAAUCAGUGGUACUUGAUCUUGUAAAUAACAAGA